AUGACAACAAUAAAUGAUCGAAAUCGACAUCUUAGAAUUGAAUUAUUAGAUAAAAAAAAAUAUAAUGCUAUGAUAAAUAGUGGUAAAAUAUCUAUUUUUGGACAGUUAUAUGAUAUAGAUGAAUUCUUAUCAUCACCGAAACUCCUAAUAUGCUCUAAAUGUAAUCAACGUGGUCAUGUAAAACAUAAUUUUAAAAGUUCAAGUUUUGAUAUAUGUAGAGGAUGUGGUGAUGACCGGAGCAAUAAUGAUAAUCACAAAGAAUGUAAAAUCAACUGUCAUCAUUGUAAAGGAGACCAUGUCUCCACGGGCUACAAGUGUCCAUUUAUACAAGAAUAUCGUCGUCGUUUAACUAUUGAAUUACGAAAACAUCCUGAUCUUUUACCACCCGAUAUUCAAUUAUUCAUUCCAUCUGAAUAUCGGGAACAAGGUGAAAGAACCAAAAUAAUUUUCAAUAAAUCGGCUCAAAAAUUUCAACAACGAUUUGAUCAACAAAUAAUCUAUGGCAGAAAUGAUUUUAAUGUAUGGCCACAAAUAUCACCUCAUUCUUCAAAUACCAACAUGGAAUCUUUAAUAACAAAAAUUCAGCAAGACCUAAAUGAUGAAAUAAAUACAAUAACUAAUGACUUACAAUUAAUAAAAAAAGAGCUUUGA